AUGUCUCAUUCAACACUGCCGUUACAACGUGGCAUAACCAUAGAUGAUUCUUUAGAGGAUAACUGUAUUGACUUUUGUACAUUUGAAGGAUCUUCUCAGGAAGGAAAGGAAUGUGUAUUUCCUCCACGAUUACAAGUUUGUACUAAAGAUGAAUAUGAUUGCUUUGUUCAUCGAUAUUACGGUACUACUACUGCCGUUUUUUUUAUUGUUAGUUCUUCAACUCGAUGUAGCCUUGCGGCGCGUUUUUUUUGUACUAGAAUUUUGCAUUAUUUGCGUUGGUGUGGUGAAAGUGCAAUAUUCUUAUUAGCAGGUUCUGCGCAGCGUGGAAUAGAGGUUCAGAGCUUUGAAGAAGAUCCUAAUGCUUGGGAGAAGUAUAUUAAAGAUUGUCUAGUAAAAGCACUGGAGUACGUAAGUUCUAGACCCCCUCUUGGUUUUACUGCUGUUCCUGCAAUAAUUCUUCGUGUAGAUUGUGAAUCUAAGGAUGCGUUCGACAAACUACAUGAACUACUUCAUUCAACUGGAGCAUUUUUAGUCCGUCAUAUUUGGUUUAAUGAGGGUUGGCGAGAAAAUAAAUUUUCAUGUGAAAGUUACAUUGAUGUAAGUUUAAAAAGGCCGGCAUUUCGUGUGUCGCGUUCUCGUAGGAGUAUUGUUUGUUCAAAAGCAACUAGUUACCUCAAUAGCUGUCUCCCUGCUCUCCAUCGCGUAUACCUUCAGGAACCUUUAGUAGGUUCUCCUGAAGACACAUUAAAGUCUUUCUGUCCUGUUUUCUUUACUCGUCAUGGACAGUCGGAGUAUAACUUGCAAGAUCGCCUGGGCGGUGAUCCAGAUCUUACAGAUUCUGGAACAGAAGAUGCUCGUGCAGUUGCUAAUUUUUUUCGUCACCAGGUCCUAGACAACAAGCGUUUAUUCUCUUUGAGGGAUACGAAGUGGGAUAAUGAAGAAGGUUUUGAGGUUUGGUGUAGUCAACUAAAACGUACUCGGCAUACAGCCAAACCCUCUGCGGAUGUCCUCACAAACGGAAAGUGUAGAAUUUUUAAGCCGUUGAAUGAAAUUCACGCUGGAGUUUGUGAAGAUAUGACAAAUGAGGAAAUUAAACAUCUCUAUCCUACUAUUCAGUUUUUUCGAAACACUGACAAGGUGGGAUUUCGUUACCCAAAUGGAGAGUCUUACCGUGAUCUCAUGCGACGCCUUGAACCACUUCUCGUGGAUCUACAUGUCACACAUAAAUGUGUACUGGUUGUAGCUCAUCAGGCAGUGCUGCGAACAAUACUUUCAUUUUUUGAUGGCCCUUCAGUGGAAGAGGCAGUACAUAAGCCAUGUCCGCAUCGAACUGUUUGGUGUUGCACAUACAACCGAUUAGGUGAACCUCGUUUGGCGACCAUUACCCUUAAUCAACAAAAGUACAAUACUGAGGGAGACUGUAAGUGGAAUGGUUGGUAA